AUGGAAGUAAUUAGAAAAGACUUAGUAAGCAAAACUUACUUUGAACUUAUCUAUUAUGCUGAGUUGUAUUCUUCGAACUAUGAAGAAGCACUAAAAGUCUUUAACAAGUUAUUAUAUGAGAACUCAGUACUUACCCAAGAAGAAAAGGAAUCUUGUCAAGAGAGAGUUUUAAGAAAUACCGAAAGAGAAAAAGAAUUAUUUAAAAGGGGUGAACCAAUAAAAUGCAAUAAUUGCAAUUUAACAAGAUAUUCAACACGUUAUUGUGAAAAUUGCAUUAUAAAAUAUUUAAAAAGUUUCUUUGGAACUUGGACGUCUGGAAGCAAAGUUAUUGAUGAAUUUAUAUGCGAAUGUCAGUCAAAUUCAGGACUCCCUCUACACAUUAUGGAAUGGAUCUCACCUGACCAAUUAGAAGAUAUAACGCCCCUUGUAAAGGGUGGAAUUUCUACAAUAUAUACCGCAACAUGGAAACGCGGAGCGAUAUUAGAUUUUAAUGAAAGCAAACGAGAAUUUGUUUAUAAUGGCCCUCAUAAGGUUGUGUUAAAAUCUUUAAACACUCCAGGCAAUCCUUAUGAGACGGUUUUUAGAGAGGCCAAAAAAUUUAUUCAAAUUAGAUCUGGUGACAUUGUUAAUGCGUAUGGCAUAACCAAAAUUAAAAUUCCUGGUGAAGUCUAUUUUUGGAGAAUCCCCAAAGAAGUAAGGGCAUUUGAUGAAAUUAACGGAAACAACUUACCUCUGAAAUCAGAGGUGACAGUUGGGAGUGCAUGGCACCUUUCAAGAAACCGAAUAAGAGGAGAGACGCCUCAUAACAGAAAGAAAAAUUUCACUGCAAGCAGAUUGGAUUUGGGAGUCCAGCUACGAA